AUGGAAUACACCUGGCUCUACUCCCUGUGCCAGUGCCUCCUCUCUGUCUCUUUGAUCGUGGUGAGCGUGAGGUUGUGCAUGGCCCUGGCCGGCUCCGGCUCAGAGGCCCGGUCCCGGGACGCAGCCAGGGGCUCCGGCCACUACAAGGGCAUUGUCUCCUCCAGCCUCCGCCUCUGCCUGGGCUGGGUGGGCGCACUUGGAGGCGCACUGGAGGUGCCUGCGUUUGUGCUGCUGGACAUGCGCUCCCCGCGCUGCCUGUACACGUGCAUGAUCCUGGUGUGCUGCCCUCUGCUGGCCAGGCAGUUCACCGUGUGCCUGCUGCUGCUGCUCAGCCUGGACGGCCACCUGCAGCAGCGCCUGGCCGGCCGGUAUUCCCUGGUGGUCACCCGUCGACGGGCCCUGUGUGUGGUUCUGCUGUGCUGGAUGGGCUCAGUGGUGUUCUCCUUCUCCCAGUUGAUGGGAUCAGACAUGCUGUACACCUGGAGCGGUGCAGCCGAUCCAGAAGGGGGCACGUCCGGUCUGGGUCUGGGGGACAACCGGACCUCCUCCCUGUCCCCUAAUACUCCUCUUCCUCAAUCCACUCCCAAGCCUCCCAGGUACCCCCUUAAUUACCUGGUGAUAGGGAAGGACCUACCGUACGGAGGUUUCUUAUCCAAGGUCUACAUGGAGGACUUGAGUAACUUCUCCUACGCAGAGAUCCACGGUAGCCACUUUGGGGUCUGUGGCCCAGACACCGUCUUCAGCCCCCAGUUCCUGGUGUAUGUCCACGGUGUGACCACCUUCCUGCUUCCCUUCUUAGGGCUGCUCUCCAUUUACCUGGACCUCCUGUGCACCAGGCGCAGACAGAUCCACUUCUAUCCAUCAGAACCAACCGAAGGCGACCUAUCUCUUGCCCAUUCCCUGGCUCUGUCCCUGCUCCUCCUGGUUCUGCUCUGUCUGCCCCUCCACACCACCCACCUACUGUGGCUCCUUCGUCCAGACACCAGGAGCCACACUUGGGCUUACCCUGUGGCAAAGUUCCUGUCCCAGUUGUACAGUCUUGUGCCUCCGCUGCUCUUCACUCCCGGUACCAAAUGGAUGGGAGGUCCUCCGUUUCCUCUAGGUGUGUCGCAGGUAUCUGCAGUGGUGGGCCCUUCCAGAGGGAAGGCCCUGGGUAUGGCUCUGUGUGACACCAUGCAGAGGGCCCCCUGGUGCCAAGACACACACUCCCUGAAGGCCCCCAAACUGGGCCCAGAUGUCUGA